UGCUGAGCGGAAGCUCUAUCAGGCCGGAGCGGAAGUACUUCUUUCUUUUCUACCACAGUCUGCCACCAUGGUGUUUAAGCGCUUCGUUGAGAUCGGCCGUGUCGCCUACGUUGGGUUUGGUCCUCAUGAGGGCAAACUGGUGACAAUUGUAGAUGUCAUUGACCAGAACAGGGCGCUGGUGGACGGUCCAUGCACCGGUGUGAAGAGGCAGUCUAUGCCAUUCAAGUGCAUGCAGCUCACAGAUUACAUCAUCAAAGUACCUCAUGGUGCCCGUCAGAAGUUCGUGAGGCGCGCCUGGGAGAAGGCCGAGGUCACCAAGAAAUGGGAAGCAAGCAGCUGGGCCAAGAAGAUCGAAGCCAGGGAAAAGAGGGCUAAAAUGACCGACUUUGACCGCUUCAAGGUCAUGAAGGCCAAGAAAAUGAGAAACAAGAUCAUCAAGCACGAGAUGAAAAAGCUCCAGAAAUCUGCAAAUGCUGCAGCAAAAAAGGCCUGAAUUAUCCUCAAUAAAUCUGUUUGACUUCAA